UCGAGGUUGCGCACGGUUGCCAAAUAGCACAGAGGCCAUUGGUCUUGGCUCUUAUCUGCUGAUGUACGGGGGGUGGGAGCGUUGCUUAGUUUUAAGCGUAGCUUUGUAUGCUUAAGUUUAGGUUUGUUGUCCUUCUUACGACGCCUUUUAUCGCUGUUAUUCGUGACCGCACCUUCAGCGCGUUAUCAACCGGAGCUACUGGCUUUGAGGCGAUCCCCGGUUCACAGAAGCAAACAUUGACGAGCCGGUUUCCUUUGCAGAAACACUAAAAAAGAAAGAAAGAAAUGGGAGAGGAAGACGACCGACGUGUUGAUGGUGAAGACAACUGCAAAACCCAAACAGAUGAUGUCCAGUAUUACACAUUAGAAGACAUACGAGUGCACAACAUGUGCAACGACACAUGGCUCAUCGUUCACGAUAAAGUCUAUGACGUCACGAGGUUCCUCGAAGAGCACCCGGGAGGUGAGGAGGUGCUGCUGGAGCAGGCUGGUGCGGAUGCAACGGAGAGCUUUGAGGAUGUGGGUCACUCCACAGACGCCAGAGAGAUGCUGCAGCAGUUCUGCAUCGGGGAGCUUCACAUGGACGACAGAAGAAAAGAAAAGCCAAAGGAUGAGAACGGCAAUUCAGGAGACGUGAGCAACUCUUGGACCACAUGGAUGAUACCAGCCAUUGUUGCGACCGUCAUUGCCGUCUUGUAUCGCUUCUACAUCUCCUCUUGAGUGCCAAGGUCCCCCCCCCCCCCCAAACCCCCUCUCGUGCUUUUCAUCUGGAGGCCUUGAAAUGUUUGACCAAAACCACCUCGCACAGUUUAUCCCUCGAACCGUUUGUAUUCUUGGCAACCGGAGAAAGAAGGCGGCAGUUGUUCGUCUCCCGUCACGUCGAAAUCCACCAAUUCCAGGAAACGGGCAGUCGAGGAGAGACUUGAUUAAACUCGCUGCCUCCAGAUUCUUUUCCUCAUUAUCUUUCUUUUUUGCUUGUCUUUGUAAUUGUUGUAUUUAACUAUGCAUCCGUUUCACUCAGUUUGAUCUGUGUUGAUUCAUUUGUUCAUGCGUAAAGUAAAAAAUUGGGAAUUUCACA